GUGAAAUUGUGAAACCGUGGCUUCCCAUUAACCUGUUUGGGACUGACGACUUUUAUGUGCUUCACUUCUUGUUCACUUGUCACUUGGUUUUGUCACCUUGCUGUUCUUGUUGAUUAAUAUCGACUUAAAGUUUAUUGUUAUCGCGUCCCACCGCUUUUUUAAUUCUACUUUAACUAUCAGAGAUUGGUCUUCAAGAUUUUGGUAAUUAUUAUCAAGCCAAAGUUGAAACUGCGUCCGGUAGAUAACACAACAUGUCUGUGGAAAACCUGGAUGAACUAGGCAUCCAGCCAAAUGAUCAAGAAGUUAACAUCCUGUUAGUUGGUGAAACAGGAGUUGGUAAAUCAACAUUCAUAAACUCAUUUGCAAACUAUUUGUCUUACAAGUAUAUUGAUCGUUUAGAAGAAAGGAAGGAGAAACUGCAUGUUCUCAUCCCUUCUACAUUCCAGGUAAAAGAUAAAGAUGGACAAAUUCAUGAUGUUAAAGUUGGUAAUGUGGAAAAAAAUGAAUACAUGGAAGUUGGUGCAUCUGCUACACAAGGUGUCCAGCCUUAUGUCUUUGGUAUAUAUGAGGGAAGAGUUAAAGUGAGGGUAAUAGAUACCCCUGGGAUUGGGGAUACUAGAAGCAUACAGCAAGAUGAAGCUAAUUGUGAAAAUAUUAUUGGCUAUGUCAAGAAUCUCAACAAGCUCCAUGCUAUCUGUCUACUAUUUAGACCUAAUGUAGCCCGACUGUCAGCAAACUUUGAGUACUGCUUGGUACAACUUCUGUCUAGAUUGGACAAGUCUGCUUGUAAGAAUAUUUUUUUUAUUUUUACUAACACCAGAACUAGUGAAUAUGGACCUGGAGAUACAUUACAGAUUCUCCAAAAAGCUAUAGAGAACAUUCGUAGUGAUUCUGGUGUUAUGAUUCCCCUGAACAAAAAUAUAUUUUGUUUUGAAAAUGAGGCAUUCAGGUAUUUGGCAGCUGCAGAAAAUAACAUCCAAUUUGAUGCAGAAGUUACAAAAACCUACAGGAGAAGCUGGGAGAUAUCUGCUAAACAGUGCUGGAAUAUGCUGAGAUACAUAAAUGGAGGUGAUAAUAAAAAUAGACCCCAAUGUCCUUUGGAACCAUAUAAUCCCAGUAAUGUAUUGGCUAUCAAUGUUGCGAAAAAUUUGUUAGUUAAUCUGACAAAGGUAUUGGCGAAAUUAUUCAACGAUAGUGGAACUAAUAACAGGGUUAUUGAGAGAUUGAGAGAUAAACGGGAUACGGAAAGCCUUGAAGUGGAAGCCCUUUACAAACAGGGUAUAACAGUUAAAGAUGUUGAAAAACUAAAUUGGAAUUGUCCAAUUUUGGUUUGUGCAAGCAGUUGCUGUACAGAGACGCUUAGGAUUGGCGAGGAAACUAAAAGGCAUUAUACCAAGGUUUGUCAUAUGGACUGUAAUGAUGUGUCUCAAAUAGAAUAUGACAUCAUUGGUAAUCCACUGAUAGCACAAUGUGCAGCUAUAGAUAAUCUAACCAGACACUGUUUGCGAUGUGGUUGUGAUUUUUCCAUGCAUAUGCACAUUAAAUACAUCACAAAGUUGAAGGACAUCGUUUUUCACGAUUCAGUCAUAACAAAGACCAUAUCUGAGAAAGAAAAUUUACUUUCCAAAACUACCAGGGAGAUCGAGGAAUUAAUGAACAAAGAUGAUGAUCUGAAAUUAGAACAGGAAGUGAUAACCACAUUUUGUGCAAAGCUUGCUAAGUUCUUGAAAGGAAACGCCAUUAUGGCUUUUAGUGACAGCCUGAAGGAGUACAUCAUGUAUAGACUGAAUCAGAAACAGAUCUCUUUUGGCCUUGAUAGCGGCGAAACAGAAGAAGAGUUGAAGAAAAUGUUAAAUGAGUUUGAAGAAACAAAGAGGGUUUUCAAAGAAAUGCUUGAUCUGGAUGAACCAGUUGAUUGGGACGACAAUCCACUGAAGCAUAUAGAACAAGGAUAUGGAGAACUUGUCAGUAUAUCAAAUAACAAAGAUCUUAUCAGCUUAUAUGAAAAUGAAGUUGUAGGUAGUGAUGGGGCUUUCAAGGUGAACGAUUAUGUGCAUAAGGCAGUAUUUAGAAAGAAAGACUUCAAGAAGGAUUUUGAUCAAGAAAACAUCAAGAAGCAGUGGAAGGACAAGCAAAACAAGAAGAAGAAAGGUGGUAAUGAGCAGCAGCAGAAGAAAGACGAACCUAAAUCUGAUAAGAAAAAAAAAGGACCAACGCCAAAUGAUCAGAACCUAGAAAAUAAAGGCAUGUCUGUACAGGCAGAGAAGAAAAAUAAAGGUGGUAAUGAUCAGCAGGAUAAGAAAGAAGAGCCUAAAUCUGAUAAGAAAAAGAAAGGUGCAAUUGCCAAAGAACAAAAUCAUGAUAAUCAGCAUAAGAAAAAGAAAGAUGGCGAUCAUAACAAAGGCUCAGACGAAAAUAAAGACGGCGGAGCGAUACCCAAAAAACAAGGAGAGGGGAAAAAGAAAAACAAGAAGCAAAAAGAAAACAAUGAUGUUAUGGAUAAAAAGUUAAAAGACGUCAGUGCAGAGGAACUAAAAGAAAUCCUUGAUCAGAAAUUGAAGCUCAUAGAGCAGCAAAAAGAGAAGUCUAAAAAAGCCGCAAAAGCUGAUCCUAGCCAGGCACCUAGAUCUCGUACUCCACCACCACCUUAUACAGCUUGUAAGACAGGUCCUGCCGUUUCUGCACCUUCUUAUCCACCUCAGAAUUAUGCUAGUGGAAUGCCUCAACAUCCAUACUAUCCUGUUAGGAAUCUGGUCAAUAAUGGACCAGGUUACCAUCCUAACACUCCGUCGUCCUCUGACAAGAAUACCUGUGAAAUAAAGUUGACCAUAAACGACAACCGCGGCCACCGGGGUCAACAACAACAGCAACCGCCUACCUCGAUGUCAUUUCCGUUUCCGGCUUUUCCACUGCCCUCGGGUGCGAGCUUUCCACCAAUGUCGCCCCCGGGAGCAUUCUUUCCCCCACCAUUCAUGGGACCACAAAGCCAUGGAGGAUCUGACUUUAUACCACCAUUAAUGGAGCUACCGGCAUACUUCGAAGGGCCCUCAGCACCACCACAACACUUCAAUGGUCCAGCAUCCCCGAUGUCACAUGACUAUAACAGACAAUCCGGUCAGCAUAAGAACUUCCAAAAGCAGCCUGAUAACAUGAGAGGACGAGGGGGAUAUAGGGGUGGGGGCAAAGGCGGAUUCAAGCCCCAUUUCAAGCCUAAAAAGGGUGGUAAGAAGCAAAACGAUGAUGAUGAUUCGGAUACCUCCGUGUCCUCAAGACCUUAAAGGAGAUAAUUUUUGUUAGGCGCCAGUCAGAGUAUAUAUUUCGAUGAGAUGAAAAUGUCAGACGUGUACAUGUUCUGUGCAGAGACUAAAUUCAACCAAUGAUACUUUGAAUUUAUUAUACAUGUAGAGGCUAGUAAAUACUAAAGAUAUCUGGACCUUUCAAGUUUUAUUACAUUAUAUUUUAAAACUAUAGCGCUGCAUCAUUGCCCAUUCGUAUUAUCAGUGCAAAUGUAAUUUGAGUUUGUUUAAAAUUGCAUUUGUAAAGUAAAUAUUACUUACCUACUUAACUACCUAGUAUCUUUUGACAAUGUUAUUUUCGAAAGUUUCAUGUUUGUAUUAUUAUUAUAAUCAAAUUGCCAUUGCACAGUCGAAUCUGACAUAUGAGCGAAAGAGCUUCGUUUACUCUUUCCGUCACUUCUCUUCCCCUCACUGGCAUGCGCACCUUUAUAUUCUUACUGAAUAAAGAUUGUAGUGGUUGAACUGAUUAAUUUAGUCUAUAUUAUGUGUACUGACGCAGGCAUUUCUCUCUUAACUCUGAAAUGGUGCCUUUUCAAGUCAAAGUUCUCUCAGCAUAUAUGUUAGGUUAAGUGCGCGCAUAGAUUUAAGGUAUAUUAUUGGAAUCAAAACAUGGCAUAGCUUUAUGAUGUCGUUGUUGCUUGAAGAAUCGGUACCACAUAGCAGGUUAUUAAACCGUAUUCAACUGGAGUGUAAAGCAGCUGAAAGUAAAUGAAACUUACAUAGUAUCAUCAACUUGUAUGAAUAUCAGUAGAUUAUGCGGUUUUGAAGAUAGGGACUUUUCCGGUACAACCAAGUUUGGAAUAACAAAACAAAUGUGCGGUAAAACGAAAACGUGAAAAAGACAUCGAAGAAAAGUACUCGGCAUUCAUUUGGUAAGAAAUUGCAAGUACGGCCGUGUCACAUGUUGCUCAUAAAUACUGUUCGAAGUUGUCGCCGAUUGAUUCAAAAACACAAGUUUGUUGACAUCAAGUCGAUAACUUCGUUAUAGCUAUAGGAAUGUGGCAAAUUUUGGUUUUCAAAUCAGAUUUGUAAGUUAACGUAAACACCGCUCGGCACCUGAUUUGGAUACUGACACACGACGUACCGGUUGUACCUUUUCACGUUGUAUGCAGGGCUGGGCUGGUCCAUUCAGAUGUUUUUAAAACUUUGUAUUUUUGUUAUCUUAUGGCUUUGUUGUACGUGUUACUAGGAAAAUUUGCUUAUUGUUGCAUGACUAUACGUUCUGUAAAGGAAAGCCUCUAUUUUAAGAACACCUGUUGGUUUAAAAGGAAUUUUGUUGUGACUCCUGUAAUGGUUUUCUUAGUUAAACAUAAAAUUAUUUUUCGUUCAAUACAGUGUAUGCGUUAUACUCUCUGUCAUUGAUUAUCAUAUUCUACCGGAAAAUAUUCAAUCCAAGUGAAAACAUUCUUAUGCAAAAAUAACCAUACAUACUAUGGUGCCGCUAAUCUCUUGUGCUUACAGCUUACAGGAUGUAUCGUAAUUGAAUACCAAUAUUUAAUGAAGCGAUUUUUGUGUAUUUUAAGAAGAAAACUUCAUAUGAUCGUAUGUCCUAAACGCCUUAAAUUUUGAUAUAUAGGUUGAUGAAGUUUGCAAAAAUAAAUUCGUGGCACGCCACUAUAUUUUCAUGAAAUGAAAAUCUGUAUGCAUUCAUGAGCAGAUUUGAUUUCCUAAAUUUUUUCAAGGCACGGUUUUUACCGAAAAAAAAAACGGUUUUCAUUUCUUUUUUCAGCAAAAACCGUGCAUCUGAUUCAAAAAAUAAAUCAAUCAAAUAUGCUUAGAAAUGAUUGUAUAUUUCCAGAACGAUUUUUAUUUCAAGAGAAAUCCGUGGCGUACCGCCAAUGUUUGCCAAAAUAGGCAGCUUAAAUUCCUCUCGAUACAUAGUACAUGUUUGGCAAGUUUCAUCAAAAUAAAAAUUGUUAUUACACAUAUCAAUAUUAAAUUAUUUAUUUUUUUCUAGCUUUACCACCCUGAAUCUGAAAAGCUAAAACGUUUAUGACAUCCGUUCAUAUGAAGUUUUCUUCUACCGAAAAGUGUCCCCCUUAAAUAUUGAAUACAGCUAGGGAACACCCUGUACACUUGUCAACCACCGUCUUCAGGUGUCAGCAUUGCCACAAGUUAUGUGGUUUCCUUUUUAGUCGUUGAGAAAUACUGAGCAUAUUUUUUUUCUUCAACAGGAGAAUUUAGAAUUUAGUCUGAUUUUGUUACUAUGUAAACGUCCCAAGUACAGCGUAAGAUUGGGUACCUUCUCGGAGAAUACGUUAAUCAAUGCCUCGAACGAUUUUUUUAUACAAAUUUUAGAUUCGAGCAGGUAACAGAUAUUUUGUGAGAUGCAAAAAGUUGCUGUACAACAGCAGUGUCUAUAUGUCUACAGCUGGGUACUGACUGACGCUACGAGAUGUAAUGUAGCUACACAGCGAGCAUGCAUGCAGUCAGUACGUAGUGAACAGAGAACACAGCGUACACGUACACACGCGAUGCGAACAUGCUCGAUGCGUAACGUUUGUCAGUACCCAGCUUACGGAUAGCUUUUACACUCACAUAGUGUGGUACCUUUUCAUAUUUUACAGUUGUAAAAAAUAUAUUACUAGUUUGUAAGUCUAAAUGAGCAUUUGCACCACCAGUGAAGGAAUCAACAGGAAUUUCCAAAAUACUGGCUUUACAACAACAUCGCUUGUAUCCUAAAACAAAGCUAUCCAUUUAUUGUUGAUUCAUGUAUUAGGACAGUUGCGAGUAGGAAUUUGAAAAGAAACUUCACCCAUUCUGAGAAUACUCUUUGAAAUGAUACAGAAGCUUAAUUUACUUAUAUAUUUCGGGAGGCUGCAUAUUGGAGAUGAGAAAAUGUAUUAAGGCACUUAAGGUCAAUUAAUUUUUGGCUCUGCUUGGUUGCAGAUAGUAACUGAUCAGAAUUGAGAUAUAAGAAUAAUAUUGCCUUUCAUUCAAAUUAUUUUAGAUUACGGCAAUAAUCGAAAGCCUGAUAUGCUUCCUACCGCAACUGCGCGACAGAUUGUUGGCUGUAUUAACAGUUUGUCAAGUAUUUUGAUCAGUGACAUUGUCUCACUGACUGGUAUUCGUCACUUUGGUGUUCGCUCUUUCAAAGUAGGAAAUGAUGCGUGACUCCCGGGACACACGAGGUUAAAUUGAUUAGUUACAAAAGACGCGUGUUGUCACGCGGGUAAUACGUGCUGUAUCCGCUGAAAGUCAACGCGCAUUUUGUGAGAAACAUAAGGCACCUUUUCAUCCAUUUAACCUGGUCAAGUAUGUUGAUGUUGACGCUGAUCAAUGCUGUGACGUUAUAACCAAUAACCGGAGGAAAUCCGAAAAUCACAAUUUUAGGUUAUGAUGACUUUUUGACAGAAUAAAAGAACAUAAAAUACAAUAAUUUCAUUUAUUCUUAUGUAGUUUAACGAGUUACGGGUAAAGUAAGUAAAUAUUAUUUACCAAAAAUAACGAUAAUAUGGUAAUAUGGUUGUUGAUUAAUCAUUCUCAUAUAUCUUCUUCUUGCAUCUCUUCCAUUUUUUGAGGCUUAUCUUAACUCUUUCAGAGGACGCCCUGGAGUGAUCGGUAUUUUGUUGCUACUGCCACUGGUGCUACAGACCUCUUGAUUGUCUGAUGAGUUGAGAAGCGUUUAAGGAUUGUUGACAUCUUUUGUACACAGGUCACUGUGAAUAAGGUCAAAGGAAUAUGGUUUAUCUUCUUUAUUACCAGCUGUUUCACCUGUUAGUUGCUCAUUCUAAAUUGGAUAUAUAUUAUUUCUAAGUGCCUCCAUUUUUGGGUGCAUUUUUCACUUACCAUUUGGAGCUCAGUGGAUCCACCAACAAAGGUUAUGAUUUUCAUUGAUCAUUAUCUGUCCAAUAUUGAAUUGUUUUGAAAAUUAUAUUAGAACUAUAAAAUUUUAUCAGGUCCUCAGUUGUUAUUUUACCUAUAGGAGUGAAAAAUGGGACAACUUAACAACAGAUGCAAAAUAACUAGAGAUUCUGGCUCUAACUGCUAAACUUGCAGUUAAUACUUGAUGUUUAGCAGCACAAUAAAUUGUCAAUACAUAAAUAUCUUAUAUAUCGGGGACAUUUACAGUUUUGUGAUUAGUCCGCAUCACUAAAGAUGUUUUCGAAAGAUAUGAAUACACUACGCGAAUAUGUAAUCAAUGACAUAAUGCGAUUCCCUCACUGCUCAGGUAAAACAACAAAAAAUAUACAAAAUAUCAGUCGGCCUCAAAUAGAUUUGAGGGCUGCACAGGUUACUCUUCGACUAUGAGGUUGUUCAACUUUCUUGUUUCGUCAUAGAGGAGCCUGCCUCCUCUCCGCCCAUUUGCGUGAAUCAUACAAAUUGAGACCCUUUUUCAGCCUUCAGCCACAUGUUUGUUUGGAUAAGUAGACAGCAAAAAUACAUAGGAAUAAAUGAAAUGACUGUAUUUUUUUAAUGAUAUGACUGACACAAUCUGUAACUGACACGUCGUUGCAGAGCACCCGAAAAAUGAUCAACUGUUUUCCCCUUAAUCGGCAGGGUUAUUACGUAAAAAACCUAUAUGUCAAAAAAAUGAAAAAAACGUCAACUUGUUUACUAGGCGGUUUGGUGUGCAUUCCGAACCUGCUACAAGUGAGCAUGAAGUGAACUUCAGCUAGUUUCAAGUUUACUUCUUGUAGGAAUACCUACAUAAUGUCAUUAAAAACCUUCAUAGUGACAAAAAACGGACAGUCACUUUUCAAGUAAUACCCCUGCGGUGGUUAAACACAAUCCAUAGUACAGUUUUAGAUUCAGUUAUAACUGCUGUUAACCAGGUUGAAGAGGGUUGAAGUUGGUUGAACAAAUGAAAGGACGCCGUAGGAUCACUCAAUACGAUGCACGCUAAAACGCGCGUUGAAUUGACCCACUGCAAAACACGCGCGUUUAGCAUUACAUUGACUUUGGGUGUGUAAAUGAACAGUAUUGGAUGACAUCGGUGUCAUGCAAAACGUGCGUUACAACGCAUAUUUUAAUAGCACAUCAACGCUCGUGUACCCGGGAGUAAAUCGGUGGAUUCUUAAGUUAUAUCCUUAUGCAUCAAGUGUGUCUACCGUCCGCAAUCUUUAUGUAGUUGUCUGAAUUCAUGUUUAAAAUCUUGAUGAGGUUGAAUAGACAUGCUCGGUUUACAUGCCGAAACAAUGUCUGUGUAAAUAUGCACAAUGAAUUCAGACUGAUUUGAGAACUUUGACUAAAUUUUGUAUGUUCGGUGUAGUUUUAUAUAAGUAUGCAUUUAUUGUUUUAUUUAUAUGGAAAUUUUAAACAAUUUGGUUAAGUGAUUUUACGAGCAAUGAUACAUAUUUUCAUUAAGAGGUGUUACAAUGUAUCAAAAAAAUAUCACUACUUUGUUUACUAUUUCCUUAUACUAUCAUCAUAUUACGUUGUUUUCAAUUACUAAUAAUUUUGGAAGCUGUUCUUUUAUAUACUGUGGCAGUAAAUUUUAUUAUAUUCAACAUAUGUUUUAUUUCAUUUAUCUAUAAUUUUAGCCCUUAAAGCUUUUUAUAGUACUUCGUGAACAGACCAAGACAAUCUUUCAACGCCGUGAUUAUUUAAAAAAAAUAAGAGAGUUUAUUAAUCCUCUGGUUUGGGAAUAAUAAACUCCAACCGCUCCAAAUACUGGAAAGAAUAUGAAACAUCAUUCCACUUCCUAACCAGGUAUAGGUUCGGAUAGCCUGAUUACGAUACUGGAUUUACUCUGCCUGUUGUAUCAAAUAGAUGGUCAUCAAUAUUAUGAAUAAAUUUAUUUCGCUCAUUGUCAGUUUUUUGUAAUUAAGCUGAUGCCAGCAAAGUUGAGUUUUUUUUCGCCCAUCAAACAAAAAUUUCGCUAUUGAAGUGCUCCCUUCUCUCUCCUGUACAUUCGAUUGCAUCUUGCUCUUCCUGUGUUCUCAGAUUAUCAAAUUCACUCAUUCGUAUUUUUUAUCAUCUGCCCUUUGCAGAAUAUCUUCGAUCCGUUUCUCAAUAUAUUCACGAUCUUCGUUAAUCAGAAGCUUCUCGGCUUGUUCAAUCUUAAAACAGUGAGCAUCAAGUUAAUAUCGCAGUUAUUUGAAACAAUUGUUAUGUUGGUCUUAUUUUUACCACACAAUGCAAACUCAUCUCAAAACUGUGUACACAUAAAUCCGAGAAAUAGAAAAACGUGUUUUUGUAUAAUUCUGAUCAUUUAUUUUUUACACAGAAGAACCCUCGAAGCCGAUAUCGAUAGAACGCGACCAUGGAUUCCAUGUCAAUGGGGGUGGGGGGUAAAAUAGAAGAGCUGGAAGUAGAUGGCGCUACUCAGGUUGGAGGUAUUGGUUAUAAGCGAAGGUGUCAAUAGCUGAUCAGCUAUUUCAAUCGAUAGUCGUCAAACCGUGAUGAAGUCGUGAACAUAGGGAGCCUUUCUGUCGAAUCUAUCUUUUACCCAUCUACUUUUGGCAGUCUAACCUCCAACCAAACGUGCGCUGCCUGGCGGGAGCAAAACUGGACAUUGCUGGUAUCACUAGUGCCAUUUCUUGACAUGGCACAAAUAACAUAAGCUUAUAUAAUACAUCUGAUAAUGGCGAAGCUACUCAUUAUGUCACAGCUUUUGUAUUAAAUUUUAUUUCUCAACUUUGGUAAGCAAGUUUUGCACUAAAAGCAAGUCAGAACCUGAAAAAUAGCAGCACAGAUUUAUUGAUGAAUGCAAACAUUUGGAUCUACUCAUAGACGACGACCUACGUUUUCACACGCAUGUUAACAGCGUCAUGCUAUUAUAGGCUGAAACUGUUACAACAGACACCUCCGCAGUUUUAAAACAAAAAGCGAUUAUGAAUCAUUAUUUCCAAAAUUUUAUAUGGAAUCAUAACUUAUUAUCCUUGCUUAGAUCAAAUGUUUGUCUACAUACUACAAAAAAUUAGAAAUUCUUGUUGCCGCUUAACAAAAAUCUGAAUCUGAGGAAAUAUGAUCAUGUAACUGGCCCAAUCAAAGAUUUAGGAUGGCUCAAAAUUACUAACCUGGUCCAAUAUAUAUUUUUUUCAUUUAUAAAAUUCAUCACAACCACUCAUUCACAACUACAUCUAUGGAGCAAGAUAACAUUUAGAACAAGCAUUCAUGAUUUAAAUUUGAGGUAUAAGAGCACAUUAUCCAUACCAAGACAUCGCACAGCCAUGUGUCAGCAUCAAUAUUAGGAAUACAGCAAAUCAUCACAAAUUUAAGUCAGUUUUAAAACCAAAUAUACUAAGUGACAUAUAAAUCCGAACACCCAGUUUAAAUGGUUUUAUAUUAAUAAAAUUUUGUAUAAGUACUUAACGAAGCAUAAUAAGUAAAUGAUAAAAAUUUCAAAAUGAUUGCACUGCUUUAAAGCCCUUUGACCUUUAAUAAUGUAUGGAUGCACCCUGAUGUGCUACGCAUUCUCCAAUGCGCCUAGGCAUGCUUCUGAUCAGGUGGUCAAUGUCCUCCUAUGGUAUCUCAUUCCAGGCAACCACCAACUCCUCUCGAAGUGCUUCUAGAGUCUGAGGAGGACGUUGCAAAUUGAGCAAUCUCCUACCCAUCAUAUCCCACACGUGCUCAAUUGGGGAUAAGUCGGGAGAUCUUGGUGGCCAUGGUAACAAUGUGACAUCAUUAUGUUGAAAGAAGUCUAUUGAGACUCUUGCAACAUGUGGUCGGGCAUUAUCUUGUUGGAAAGUGGGAUCUGCCAGGGUGUCAAGAUAGGGUAAAAGAUGGGGUUCUAGAACUUCGUGGAUAUAACGCUGCGCGUUCAUGUUACCGCUGAUGAAGAUUAAAGGUGACCUGGAACCAUAAGCUAUAGCACCCCAAACCAUAACUCCAACAGUGUGAUGAACAUGUCUUUCAACAAAAAACUG